AUGGAAAUAUAUGGUCCUAAUACUGAAACAGGUCGACUAGAUUAUAUAAUAAACGUGCCACUACCUGAUGAAGUGGCUCAUAUAGCUAUACUUAACAAUGUGUUAAAAGAACUAUCAGUACAGGAACAGGAUAUUCCAUGUUCGUCAAUAAAUGAAACUAGAGGAUACGGUGGUACUCUGAUAAAAAUUAUUAAAUAUGCCAACAAACUAGCUCAACAACAGUCAACGGAAGAUGAUACUCCAGCUGAAGUUCAUGAACAUCACUUUAAUAAGGCUAUGCUAUUUUUCAAAGAGUCUGUACGGUAUCCUAUUGAUUAA